AUGGGCUUCAGGCCUAAUAGAUCCUGCUCUGACAGUCUGGUCACUCUUACCAACAAAAUACAAGCCAGCUUUCUGAAUGGGGAGGCCGUUGCUGCGGCUUUUCUGGAUAUAACGGGAGCGUUUGAUAACGUGCUGCCACUAUCGGUACUAACGGAACUCAGAAGAAUUGGAGUCCCUGCCAAGAUUCGCAAAUUUGUCGAAAAUACCAUUACUCACAGAUCAGUCGACUUUGUUGAGGAGGGCCAACUCAGCCAGAAGUUUGAAACCAACAAAGGUAUCCCCCAGGGCUCUACACUCAGCCCGCUUCUUUUCAAUAUCAGCGUCAGGGAGCUGGACCUUCAUCUUCAUCCUAAUACUCAAUUUUUACAAUAUGCAGACGACAUAGUUAUUUACUCUUCCUCUGGACAAGCUGGGGAAGCUGUUGAGAGCAUACAAUCAUCACUUGACAUCAUGUGCCAUUAUCUAAGAGAGAGGGGCCUGGAAUUGUCGCCGUCCAAGACCAAGUGGAUUUUAUUCUCCGGAAGGAACUGCAGAGAUGGUGAUACCGCGGCCCUCGAACUCUACAUCGACGCUCAACUGGUGGAGAGAGUUACUUGCACGAGAUUUUUAGGGAUUACGCUUGACUUCAGGCUCAACGGCAUGGAUCACUUCAAACAAGUUAUCAAGAAGGGCAGGUCAAUUAUUAAUAUUCUGUCUUCCCUCGCAGCAGUGUUGUGGGGUUCCCCCCCUCAGUUGUUAAUUACAAUUUAUCGAGCGGUUUUCAGAGGCUCCAUCGAAUACGGGGCGCAAAUAUUUGUAUUGAAUAAUAAAAAAUCUUUAUUAUUACAAUUGGAAAGAAUACAGUAUAAGGCUUUGAGGAUUGCCUUAGGUUACAAACAAUCGACCCCUAUUAAUGUCAUCCUAUUUGAGGCUAGGGAACCUCCUUUAAGACUUAGGUUUACUCAUAUGUCUGAAAGAUAUACUCUCAAAUCAAUCAAUAGAAGAGGCAGUGCGGUUGCACGCAGCCUGCGUUCUCUGAAACUCGCGGCUGUAACAUCCCGGGAGAAAUCUUUCGCUCUCUCGGUGUCACCGUCUUUCAGGUUUCACAUCACCAACAGACAUAUGAUAGAUAAGUCAUUCCAGUCUACCAUGCAUCCAGCCUUUGAAACAUCAUACCAUGAUUUUAUUUCACGUUUCAAGUAUUUGCAACCUGUCUCCGCCAAUAAGGACAAAUCAGACGAGGGCUCCGCAGGGGCGGCCACCUACUCUCCAGAACUUGAAGUGAGCUUUAGAUACAAACUAACUUCGGAUAUAACGGUUUUCACGGCUGAGGCCUGGGCGAUUUUUCAGACCCUUCUUCUCAUUCAGGAUGCAGGAUACACAAAGGCUAUAAUUUUUUCUGACUCCAAAAGUGUCUUAGAAUCGAUCAACUCUUGCAAACUUAUUAACAAUAAUUGUGUCAUUCACUGGAUUAAGCGCCUUUUACGGUCUUCUUCGUUGAGGGGCAUUGAGGUCUUUCUGGCUUGGAUUCCCGCACACCGAGGGAUCCGUGGUAACGAGAUUGCGGAUGCAGCUGCCAAGGAGGCCACUGCGGAGGAUUUCAGGGACAACUUUAGACUUCCCUCAUCGGACCUGGCUCUUCUUGCUGACAGGAGGGCGUUGGAACGCUUUGCUGGCUAUUUUGAGGAAGCCUCCACACGCACUGGCAUACAAUACGCCAGUCUCUAUUCUGAUCAUUAUGGAAAAACCUGGUUCCAACGCAUGUCUCUCAACAGACAAGAAAUUGCGAUGCGACUGGCCAAGCCUACCUCGCUACCGAGGACCCGAGCCAAUCAAAUAGAAGAAGAAGAAGAAGAAGCUAGCUAA